GCGCAAUUUGCAUCGGCAGCGCGAUAUUUGUUCAAAUCGUGUCUACGUCUAGUCAGAGACUUAUCGUAGAGACACAUUCAUUUUAAAUAUUACCUUUUAUAUUGGCAAUAUACAGUCUUCUGGGCACUAAUAGGGUUGUUGGUGUGUUUACUGUCGUCGAGUCGACUUAAACGAGUGCUAUUUGUGUUUGUAUUGCAAGUUUUAUGACCCUGUCUGCGUCGGCGGAGAUUUUUGAGGAUUUCAAGACGGGCGGUCAUUUGUCGUAGAUUUCGGCGAUACCACCGACAGCGUAAAUAUUCUUCACUUCGGCGUCGUCCGUCGCAGAUGCCGGCGAAGAAGCGCGCAAUCCAGUCUAGUCGAGUUUUGUGUUUCAGUGCUCAGUAGCUUAGUUUCAGUCGGUUUUGGAAGAAGCGUCGAUUAAGUGCGAGGGUGAUCUUAGAAUAGUUUGAAUCGCUUCGUGUACUAAGAAAUAUUACCGAAAGUGUAUUUUAAAUUUAUCAAAAUGAUAAAAAAGUGGCUUCUAUUUGGGUUGAUUAUAAUUUUAUUAACAUGUGCCGAAUGUCAAGAACCCGACGAUUCAGCGACGAGGAAGUACCAGGAUGAGUUAUUUAAGUCAGAAACUACCGAAACCACGAACACAGAUAUAAAUACGACCCUAAGUUCAACAGAAAUAGAAAAUAAUUCAACGAAUACUGAAACGAACGAUGCAGUCGACGCGGCGAAUGAUCUUGAUGAGAAUGAAGAGUUAUCGAGUACACGUGACGAAGACCAGAGUAGCGAAUGGACGACGAUGCCUCCCACACAUGAAUAUUCCAUAAGCAUAAACGAUGUUUUGAAAAAAAGUAUCGAUGUGGUUAAGGAUGAGAUGAAAGGGUUCGGAAUUAUUCAGAGUUGGCUGAAGGAGCAAGCGAAUGAAUUUGUCAGCGGAACCACUACGGAAGAUUACGACUAUACUCAGACUACGGAUGACUAUACAGUUAAUGAGAUUUAUGAUGACGAGGAGGCUGGAAAUGGGAAUGGAACUACUACUGAAAUUGUAAACGUGCAGAAAGAAAGUGAAGAUUUACCACCGGUGGAAAAUGAAUUGAAUGUUAAAGAGGAAAGUUCUACUGAAAAGAUUAAAGAUACUAUUGAAAAGAUUGAAGAUGACUUGAAGAAAUUAAAUAGAGUACAAGCUGAAGAAAAAGAAGAAGAGGAAGAAAGAGAGGAAAUUAUACAGGAUAUUGAAGAAAACUUGAAUAAAUUGGAAGCUUCUUCAAGUCAUGAUCAAACAACGCAAAGUAUUGUAACUGAAUUAACCACAGAUGGAACAACCGAAUUUGUUGAAUUUGAAAUUGCUACGACUGCUACCCCUGGGAUUAUUCUAGAAGAAAUAGAAGAAGAAGAACAGGGAGAAACAACGACAAUACUUAUGCAACCUGAAUUAUUUACAACAGAAAAUGCUAAAAUGGUAGAAUUUGCUGAAGUGGUAUUUGAAGAUGAAGAAACUGUUCCUCAAGCAACAACAACAGAAAGAGAAAUUGUAAAAGAAGGAACAGAAAAAGAAGAAGAUACUACUGUAAUGAUUACAAUCAUUGAUGAAAUUAAUUCAGAAGAUUCUAUUACGACAAUUUCAGAAUCACGUGAUGAAAUUGAAGAAGAAACUAUUACUGUUAAUAUUGUUGAUGACAGAACUGUAACAACCGAGAAUAUUGCCACCACUGAAAGUGUUUUUAUCACAACUACAGAGAAUAUUACUACCACUGAAAGUCCUAUUAUCACAACUGAAGUUAUCUCGUCUGAAAUAACAACUGAAGGACAUUAUACUACAAUGAUUGAAACAACAAAUGCGCCAAGUACCACAACGGAAGUAGAAAUGGAAAUAACUACAAUGCCACAAGAAGAAAUUAUAAUUGUAACAGAAACAGAAACAACAGUCACAGAAGAAAAAAUAAAUGAAAAUGAUGAAAAAGAAGAAGAAAUAAAUGAAAAUAAUGAAGAAGAUGAAGAAAUAAAUGAAAAUAAUGAAAAAGAAGAUGAAGAUGUCACUUUAAAGAAUAUUCCAGUAACAAACGUUGAAUCAACUGAAACAAAUGAAAUUCCUUCUUCAACCACAGAAUCUCACAAUUCCUACGACAUUGUAAAUGAAGUAGUUGAUGAAAUCAUCCAUGAAAUCAAAAGAAAACGAUUUAACAUCUUCAACUCCCAGUGAAGAACCAACCAAAAUCUCCAUUGACCAAUUUUUACAUGCCCUCAAUUCAAAUUCAAUGGAAGACACUAAUAAUAAUGACAAUAAUGAAGAUUCCAAUGAAUUACUUGAAGAAAACAAAACAGAAAUAGCCUCCAAUGAAGAAGUAUUUGAUGAUAUUGACAAAGAACGUAAAAAAAUACUUGCUGAUCAUAGUAGUUCAGAAGAUAACACCCUGGAUGAUGUUGAACUUGCGGUUGACGUUGACCAGUUCUCCGAAGAGGAAGUUGUGGAAAAGGUCGGAGACCCAAAAGUGUCGGCAUUGAUUACGGACCGCAUGGAUGGAAACGUUUGCCUGAAUGCUUCCGGCUUGUCAAUCAAGAUUACAACCAACGAUUUCACUCAAUGGGUACCGAAGACUGCUAGGGUUUUCGGCGAGUGUACGUCUUUUGGUGCAUAUUUGAACUUCACGUGGAGAAACGAAGGAAAAGAGAUGAAUACAAUGAAUUCUACGUUGAGUUUUACUUUUAUUGGGGAUGAAGAAGAGAGUUAUAUUGAAGAAGUCUUUUAUAAAACUAAGAAAGAAAACUUCCUUGCAACACAAUUGGAAAGAUACCUCACCGAACCAAUGACCAUCAACUUGUCGAAGAAUACCACAGUGACGUUAACACAUCUAAACGUUAAAUUAUAUCGCAAGAAAGAUGAUUACGCAACUAUAUCAUUACUUAGUGUUGAUAAUGCAAUGGCGAUACAAAUUGCAUCUGGUGGAUUGUGUCUUUUUAUCGUUAUUAUUUCAGUAUCAAUUUACAGUUACAAAAAACUACGUAGUCAAGCAAGAAUUUUCAAAGUUUCAUUAGAUAAAUAAAUACAUCCUAUAUGUUAAAUAUUAGUGAUACAAAUGAAGAUACAAAGUGAAGUUUGCCAAAUAGUAGUGCCAUUUUGUUACAAAUUAAAUAAUUAAUAUCUAUUUGAUUGAUUUAAUUCUAAAAGCACAAAUUAAAAUCAGAAAAGACCAAAUUGAAGCAAUAAAUACUUGAUAAUUAUAAUUAUAUUGUAAGUUACCAUUAGUACCUAUGUAAAAUAUUAUAGAUUAUUAGCAGAUGCAUUUUAUAUACGACUGGUAGGCUUUCUUA